UAGACAAUAUGCGAAAUGCGCGGCGCCAUCUCGUGCACAAGUUGAGAGUUAGGUCCGCCAUCUUGGUUGCGGCGAGGAAGCGAGCGGACGGCGCAAGGCCCGCACUACCCGCACGGAUUCACAAGCCCCAGAUCGACCCUCACCGUAUAGCUAAAAUGCCGACGCACUGCUGUGUCCCCUGGUGUAAGCAGCGUGGACCCAAGGAUCCAGACGGGAACAAGGUUUCGUAUCAUCGCUUCCCAAGAGAUGCCACAUUAUACAAAAAGUGGAUCAUCGCCAUCAAGCGCGAUGAAGGGAAAUUCUUCAACGUGACAAAAUGCACAAAAGUGUGUUCAAGGCAUUUCCUGCCAUCAGACUUUAUUCCCAGUGUAUCCUGUGGCAACAACUUGCUGCGACAAACAGCCUGCCCCAGUGUGUUCAGCUUUGGCAAAAUGCAGCAGCUUCGCAAGCCACCGAAGAAGCGAACAUCAGAUUCCAGAUCAGCACAUCAGAUUCCAGAUCAAGCUACUGCUCAAGCAUCGACUGUAGAAGACAGUGAAGCAAGAUUUUUUGAUGACCAGUCUACUGAUCGAUCGUCUGCAGCAGCUGUAGGGUCCGACACACCUGAAACAGAGGGAGACACCACCAGUUGUUCACCUGCUGCUGGUACAGUCCCUUCAUUAGGUGGUGGCGAGCCUGUCAGUGAAGUGGAACGUCUUGAGGGUGUGGUUGCCACACAGGGCAAUGAAAUAGACAGACUUAAAUAUGAAUGUGAAGUCCUCCAGGAGCAGCUGCUCCAAACGAAGACAGAGAUGCACCUCUCUCUCCAAGAAAAUCACCGCCUCACUACACGUCUUGAAGAGACAGAAAGUUUAACAAGCUUUUGCGUUGAGCAUUUUAAACACUCAAAUGAGGACUUGCUUGCCUACACAGGAAUGCCAACAUACCGGCACUUCCUGGCAUUGAUGGCUUACAUCAAUCCUGGAAAGAAUGGGAGUAACGUUUUGAGGAAUGCUGGCAUCAAAGCUAGCGGGGGCCGACGGCGGAAGCUGACAGUGGAGAAUGAGCUGUUCCUCGUACUUGUGAGGCUUCGUCUUGGCCUCUUCGAGCAUGACCUGGCACACAGAUUUGGCAUCACUCAAUCAACAGUGUCACGCAUAUGUGUGUCAUGGAUUAACUUCAUGUACAUAAGACUCUGCAAAUUACCACUCUGGGCAUCAAGAGCUGUAAUAGACGCAACAUUGCCUGCAGCAUUCAGUGCGUAUUCAACAACAAGGGUUAUUUUGGAUGCAACUGAGAUAAAGUGUGAGGUGCCCUCCUCACUGUCUCUCCAAUCGAGCUCCUACUCUGCUUACAAGUCUUCAAAUACCUUUAAAGGCCUCAUUGGUGUUUCACCAAAUGGCUUAGUUACCUUUGUGUCAGAGCUCUACACAGGUUCUAUCUCGGACAGGGAGGCCGUACUGAAAAGUGGAUUUCUCGACCUCAAGUUUGAUGGAAAUGAUUCCGUCAUGGCAGACAAGGGGUUCUUGAUUGAGGACCUUUUGGCAAGAAAAAAUGUCAAGCUAAACAUUCCACCAUUUCUGCACAGGAAUGCCCUCUCUGAACAACAAGUAAGGGAAACUAAGGAGAUUGCUUCAUUGAGGAUCCAUGUAGAAAGGAGAAUAAGGAGAAUCAAAUCAUUCCAUAUAUUUGAUCGUCCGAUCCCACUCACUCUGGCUCCCAUAAUCAAUCAGAUCUGGACUGUGGCUGCUAUUCUCACAAACUUUCAAAGCCCUCUGAGCAAACCUUCACCACCAAGCAGGCGACAGCUGGCACCUCCAACAGAGCUAAUGGAUGAAUAACUUGGAGGAUGACCUCUAUUCAUAGGCUCAAACCACGGAGCGAGAUGACACAGAAGAAGGAACUUCCCUCAUUCCUACAACCAGAUGAAGUCACGAUAAAAAAUAAAUAAAAUAUACAAUGUGUGAACGCGACCCAUGACUGACUCUUCUUCAUUUGUACACAUCACUUGUACAAAUUCCUCAUAGCGUGGAAGCUUGGGCAUGUUGG